AUGGCCGAAGGUCCAUGGGCUGACACCGAACCCUAUAUAAAUGGAACGCGUCAUACACUCUUCUCAACCUGUUCUAGUCAGUGGUUUACAGAGCUUACCACAAUGACUUUUUCUCGGAAUGCAAAAUUAUUCACAUGCUCAGUUUUGGAUCAGCGGACGCAUUUUGAACCAGAUUUCGCAACUCCACCGCAAGUUAGUAACAGCCUACAAUUUUACAUGAGUCCGCCAAAAGCUGUUUACAUCGUCCCGCCUCCAUCCUUGCUCUUAAACACUCCAAUGCUCAUGCAAGCUAAUCUGCCACUUUGGCUUUCGAUCAAAGAUGGGUCACGAGAAGCUAUUUGGAGUCAGGAAUCAGAAUUAGAGCAAGGAGGUCACGAUUUUUCCCAGAUCAUGGAACUCAGUAUGCGACAGAUCGAGAACCGGUUGGCUGAGAAUGGCAUAGGAAAAGAAAAUAUAUGGAAACGACAACAGAAGGCGGCUUGCAAAGAGAUCCAUACGCCUCUUAAUCGAAUAAAUCAUCGUCCUCUUGAAGGACCAAUGAACUUGAGCUCUGAGCGCGCGAUGACAGUUUCGAAGGUUACAUCUGUCCAACGCAUUCUGAAGGGUGAAAUUCUGAGUGACGAGCAUCUACGAAAGGCAAAGCUGAUGUUCCUCUACGCACGUUAUCCGAAUUCUGCCUACCUUAAAUACUUCUUCCCAGAGGUAACGUUUAAUCGCUACAACACAGCCCAGCUGGUCAAAUGGUUCAGCAACUUCCGCGAGUUUUUCUACAUCAAUGUUGAAAGAUACACACGCGCGCUUGUUGCAGAAGGCGUACGAUCACCUGAACUUAUCCGGAUAAUGCCGAAAUUUGGACUUUACAAAACUCUUAUUGUACACUACAAUCGUGGAAUGAAAAGUGAGACACCAGCAGAAUUCAUUGUGAUGGUGGAAAUGACAGUUUUGGAAUUUUUUAUUGCAAUUAUUACCGGUGCUGACAGACAUUCGGCAUGGAAAAAGAAGAUUUACAAAACAAUCGCUCUAUUCGAUCUACCCGUUCCUGAACAUUUCCGAUAUUUAAAAUGUAAAAUGUAG